UUUAUAAGCGCUUUUAACACCGGCGACCACGUGACGUGUGAAGUCACGUCCAAUGCGGAAGUGAAUGCUAACUGCACAGUCGCCCAACCAUUCUAAUCGAAACCGACUCUUCCCCGCGUCUGAAGAGGAACUCACAUAGCUCCAUCAUGCUUGGUGGAGGGUUUAAAUCCGAGAGACUUCGUGUCAAUCUCAGGCUGGUCAUAAACCGCCUCAAGCUUCUUGAGAAGAAGAAAACUGAAUUAGCCCAGAAGGCUCGUAAGGAGAUCGCAGACUACUUGUCGGCCGGCAAAGAUGAGCGUGCAAGGAUCAGAGUCGAGCACAUCAUCAGAGAAGAUUAUUUGGUGGAGGCCAUGGAGAUCCUGGAGUUAUAUUGUGAUUUGCUGCUCACCCGCUUUGGCUUAAUACAGUCCAUGAAAGAACUGGACCCUGGCCUACAAGAAGCAGUAUCCACACUCAUCUGGGCUGCCCCUCGCCUGCAAUCAGAAGUGGCAGAACUGAAGAUCGUUUCAGAUCAGCUGUGUGCCAAAUACAGCAAAGAGUAUGGAAAGCUAUGUAGGACAAACCAGAUCGGAACAGUGAAUGAUAGGCUUAUGCACAAACUGAGCGUGGAGGCCCCUCCCAAGAUUUUGGUGGAGCGUUACCUCAUUGAGAUCGCCAAAAAUUACAAUGUUCCCUAUGAACCUGAUGCCAUGGUUCGGCCAGAGGUAUGUCCCGGUGAGGAGGCAGAUCUGAUUGAUGUGAACAGCGACUUCAAGAAGCCAGGAGCUGGCGGAGGGGGAGGGGGUGGAGGAGGAGGGUUUACUACUCCCGCUGUAGGCAUGCCUAUGCCAAUGCCAAUGCCCACAGCUUUCAACUACCCACCGCCCAAAGGAGCUGAGCCCUUUAAUGGUCCUGUUGGCAUCUAUGAUGGCUUUAGCAACUUCCAGCCUCCAGUGAGAGGAGGGCAACCCCCACAGCUUCCCAGCUGCCCACCCACCUAUGAAUCUAUUGAUGUGUUGUCUGUCAAACCCUCUAAUCCUUCCCAGGUCCUCCCAGGCCCAGCCCCGUCUGCUCAGAUCUAUGACAACUCUUUCCUUCCUGAGCUUCCAUCUGUUCCCGACACACUCCCAGCCUCCUCCUUCGGAGCGAACGCCAACGCAUCUGACGACAUUGACUUUGACGACCUGUCACGACGUUUUGAAGAACUCAAGAAGAAGACCUAAUUUCCGAAAACACAUCUGGGAGUCAGACCAUCUGUCUCAGCUGUUCAAUGUACCCUGUCCAUAUUCACAUACAAUUGUUCUGGUGGAGGUGUAAUAUAAUAUGUUACUUAACACAAUGAAGGAUCAGAUGCUGUAUAGACAUUUACUUGUGAAUGGCAGUGGCAGAAAUUUAUACGCUCAUUUUAGUCUUUUACGUAACAUGGACUGUUGACAAAUCACUUACCCUUUGAAUGAGGUCUUUGUUUAGAGGGCCUUGCUGACAGUUAAAACUAGUUAAUCGUCUGUAGUUUAAUCUCUGCGUCAUGUAUGUCUAACCUGAGAUAAUCUAUCAGUUAUUUAUAUUAAAGAUUAGAUUAUAAAUCUCUCUUGGUUGUUAACCUUCCCCUUUUUAGAGAGCAGUGUCUUCAGUCUUUCCCAGCAAAUCAGUAACCUCUCUGACUCCUCUAGGAAAAAGCAGGUAUAACCUGUCGCCAUUAUUUACACCCAGAGUUGUGCAAUGAGUUCUCUUGAAUGUCUGUGAACCUGCAAAAGACUGUAUGAUGCCAUGGGUUGUUAGUGGAUGACAAUGACUCGGCUUUUUGUUAUUGACAGAAUGCGUAUAGACCGGGUGCUCUGGUGUUCUCAAAGGAACACCAAAGAUUGCUUCUUUCUGGUGACCUGAGCGAUGAAUUGAAGAUGAAUUGAAUUUAAUGAACCGUCUCUCUGUCCUGAAGUUAGUCUUUUCCUUUCUAGUUUGUAGUUUCACCCAGCAGCCAUCUUAAUUUGACUCAAAGGGAAAGGCGUUGUAUUUUGUCUACAGUUGACAACACUCCCGUUUCUAAUCUUGUCUGUGCGUUUCUGGACUGAAUUUGCCUUAGUUUCCAAAUGAUCUCGAGCUGUGGCCUUUCUCUGGGAAAUGUUACGUUCCUGACAGCUUGUACCACGAGCUCCACAUUUGAAUAAGUAUUUACAUGCUAAUUCUUUUCUUUGGUAGGGGGUUUGACCAUAUAUCAUUUACGUUUUUUUUUUUUUUUUGUGUUAGAAUAGAUUGUUUAAAGUGUGAUUGUCUGAAGUUUUGAAAGCAUUGUUUUGUCUGCUUUCUUGACUCUAUAACACUAAUUUUUGUCUUCUCCCUGAUAUAAUCCAAAUACAAAAGUCUGGCAAUGUUUGAUACUGAUUUUAGCUUGCUUUGAAAACAUAUCUGAUGCUAUGUAAUAAAGUCUAUUUGCUUAUAA